AAGGCGCCGCGGGCGCUCCUGAGCCUCCUGAGCAGGCUGAGUGGACUGCAGCGGCUGACAUGGACAACGCCGGGAAGGAACGAGAGGCGGUGCAGCUGAUGGCGGAGGCCGAGAAGCGAGUCAAAGCCUCCCACUCUUUUCUCCGAGGGCUGUUCGGAGGAAACACAAGAAUAGAAGAGGCUUGUGAAAUGUAUACCAGAGCUGCAAAUAUGUUCAAGAUGGCUAAAAAUUGGAGUGCCGCAGGAAAUGCGUUUUGUCAGGCUGCUAAGCUUCAUAUGCAACUUCAGAGCAAACAUGACUCUGCUACUAGCUUUGUGGACGCCGGGAAUGCUUACAAGAAGGCAGACCCUCAAGGGAAGGUUUACAAUUGCGGCCAAGCAUCACAUCACUAUUGCUGAGAUCUAUGAGACUGAGCUUGUAGACAUUGAGAAGGCUAUUGCACAUUAUGAACAAUCUGCAGAUUAUUACAAGGGAGAAGAAUCUAACAGCUCAGCUAACAAGUGUCUGCUGAAGGUGGCAGCAUAUGCUGCACAACUUGAACAGUACCAGAAAGCCAUCGAGAUCUAUGAGCAGGUUGGGGCAAAUACUAUGGAUAAUCCUCUCUUGAAGUACAGUGCAAAAGAUUACUUCUUUAAAGCAGCUCUCUGUCACUUUAUAGUAGAUGAGUUGAAUGCCAAGCUUGCCCUUGAGAAAUAUGAGGAAAUGUUUCCAGCAUUUACUGAUUCAAGAGAAUGUAAAUUAUUGAAAAAACUUCUAGAAGCUCAUGAAGAACAGAACAGUGAAGCUUACACUGAAGCAGUGAAGGAGUUUGACUCAAUAUCACGCCUGGAUCAGUGGCUGACCACCAUGUUACUUCGUAUCAAAAAGUCCAUCCAAGGGGACGGGGAAGGAGAUGGAGACCUAAAAUGAAAUGUUUAUGUCUUUGUGGCAUGCAGCUAACUCCUUUAGUUUUGUCUUAGGGCCAAGUGAUCUUUAUGGGAUGCCCAUUUAAUGGCUUAAUUUUGUUGCAUAUGAGCCAGUCUGUGUGUAUUGUUCAAGCUCACCACUUCUGUGUUACUGUGAAAUGGUCAAAUUGGAGGCUCCUCCUGUUCAUGUGGUUAUGACAACCAAAGUAUAUUUCAUGCUUGUCAGUAUCCCCACAGUUUUCUUUAAGAAGAACUUCAGAAUCUUAUCCCUGUUCUUUUGAUAUUUACAGAUCCCAUGUUUGAUGUUGCCACAUGUUUUUAUGUGUUUUUUCUUGGACUGUAGUCCUCUAUCCAAUUGUUCUAAGAGAUGCUUUGCAAAUACUCUGUAUAUUGGGCAUCUAGAUGUAUUUAAAUGUGUGUGUUUAGUUCAGGUAGUUAUUAGGAAUGCGUUUUUAAUUUCGUUAGAAAUUGUUUAUUUCUGUUCUGUGAUUAUUUUGACGGUGCUAGUGACAAGUUUCUUUGCUUUUUGUAUUGUUCUGUAUGCUCACAUAUGCAUGGCAUAAAUUUUAGAGCAGCUGGGAUCUUGUUGGCAUCACUUGCAUUGUGAGGAAAAGAAGUCUCUGGUAAGUACUUUUUUGUAUAUGGAUAAAUGUCCAGGUGGACUUGAUAAUUUGGCCUGAACACACACACUCAAAUAUGUAAGAUCUAUGAAAGAUAGAAUUUUUCUUUACCCACCUUUAGUUGGGGUGGAAAUCCCUUUCUUUACCUUUGCAUAAAAGUGUUUUAAAUCGUUACAUCCUUUUCUUCAUUUUCAUAUGUAUAUACUUACCCACAUUGAGCUGUUGAGCUUCCCUUGAGCUGCCCUAUUUGCCAUGAUUGUGUGAAUCUUGAUCAGGGCUGAAUGGGUGAUCCCAGUUGGAGCUUGAGAAUAUUUGUGAUUCUCCUGUUCAACAUGUAGAUUAGGUGGGGUCAACAUGGCACAGAAGUUUAUGCCUGGUUGGGCAAGAACCCUGUGUCUGAGGAGACUUGGUUUUUCAUUGAUGGAUCUCUGUCCUACUUGCUUGGCUUACAUAACAUAUAUAUGUUCUCUUGAUUUGAGAACUUUAUCCCUAGUUACUUUAUAUGCAGAUAAUGUACUAUAGAAAUGGUCUUGUUUUCUGAAUCUUCUUUGUAUAUUUUAUGCUGAAAUGAUUUGUUUGAGGUGCAUAUGUUGCCAGACAUAACUCACAGUCCUUUCUAAAUUGUGCUGCUGUCAUGAGUGACAGUUAUGAAACUUCCUGUGUUUUGUCAAAAUAGUAGGUUGUAUUGCAAUGGUGUUCUCAUUUUUGGAUGGCCCCUUCACUUCGACUGCUGAAAUGUGAUUGAGUAGAAGUGAAUGGAUAUUACCAGGUCAGGGGCUGAGUGAGGAGAGUUUGAGGAUAGGUGAGUAGCUUGCGUCAGCCUAGGUUAAAAGAGGAAGUGAGGGAGAUCAAGUUGGAAAGGGCCCAUCAAAAAGGACCUGCAAAGACUUUGUGACCCAACAUGGUGGUUAUAUGCAUGAGGUGUCCUGGGAGAGCAGAAAGCUCAGUGAUGUCAGUGUACUCGUAGAAGUGGAGGAAAUGGGCCCCAGACGCCAAUGAAGAUUCCCUCUUUCUUUAAAAUAUCUGGGGUUCUUAAGUAAAAAGUGGUUAUCUCUGAAAACUAAAUUUGGAGUGAGCCUGUUGAUGCUUCUUGACUCCAUGUUAGAAUUGGUUCUUGUUGUUGUACCUAAUGUGUUCUUCAGCCCACCACAUGAUGUUUGUGAAAACAAGGUGUUGGGAGUAGUUCUGUAGCUCAGGUCUUCUGGGUCUGAGUCAAUUCUAGGAGGAAAGCAUUUGAAUACCAGCCAGUGUGUUGUGUCAGCACUAUUCAAGAAGUGUGUGUCCACUUGUUAAAAAGAGAACUGGUCUGAUCAUUUAAAGUAAAAACCAAGUGAUGCCUUUUAGGGCAACCAUUUAACUUUCAGCAUGGUCCCCUAACUGACUCCUGUCUGAAGAAGAAGCAUUUAAAAAAAAAAAAUAGUGUUUGUAUCAUUUUGCUAUGCUGAUCAGAGAGUCUCUUGUUUGUAUUAAAACAAAUUCUGGGAUCAGUGUCUGGGUUAAGAAACAAUUUUUGUUUUUAAUAUUUCACAUUAAACAAACAAAAGUAAUUAUAAUGUUAAUAACAAACCUGCUAGAAGACAAAAGGAAAAUCAGAAGAGCCCAGACAAUAGUGUGCAAACUCACUUUCUUCAAAUGUCCCAUGAGUACAGUGGUAUGUCUCAAGAUGCCUAGAAGUUAGGCUUUCCACACUUGUAGUUAUUUAUGAACAAAAUAGAAUGAUCAUUUAUGUAACAGUUCUUGUGCUUUAGCAAAUCUGGGUUAGUUCACAGUUGAAUUCAGUUCAAAUUUCUUACAGGAAAGCUUUGCUUUUUGUGGCAACAUUUUUAUAUAAGCUUGUGUGAAUUCCUUUUUUAUUUAAUGAUCUGAACACAGUAUUUUUGCACAAUUGUGACCAUGUGUGGUGGUGUCACUAUAACCAAAGUCUAUGCACCAGCCCUUGUGCAUUUAUUCUUCCCUCUGGUAUUAUGCAUUUAAAAUGUCCAAAUCCAAACCUUUGUGACUUUCUUUGGAGGACCUGGCAGCACAGCAUGCCCCCGUGACCUGCCCGCUGUGGUGUAACCAGUAGCAGGCUUCCUGCCCUGUGACGUCCUGAGUUGCUCUCAGGCAGGGGAUUACAUUAUGAAAACUAACCAUGUAACAUUAAACCUACCCUAGCAGAAAGAAUGUUUUAUGUGAACCUGUACAGUAAAUAAAGUGGAAAUUAUGAGUAA